UCCAGUAUCUCUCGUAGAUGACUGGGUGAUGCAGCGGACGUGCUGAUCUAUUCCUCAGAAUGUAGGGUUCUUGUACUUUGGCAAGAUCUUGUACUUUGACAAGGCAUUUGGCGGCGUCGUCAGGAGAGUUAAUACGGCACCAGAAGCUUUUUGGACGCUACUUCUGGCAGGUGAUACUGCGUUGAAUGGCUCCAGGCAGUAGUAGAGCACCAUUGACAUCAAUGCUAACAGAGGAGUCAGACAUCUAGCGUCGUCGUCAUGGAGUUGACUAUUUAUCAGAAGCUUCUUGAACGCUAGUUCUGGCGGCUGGCCUCGGAUUGGCGUUAUUUGCAUCAAGAGAACGCAUGAUCGUUCACAAUUGGCAGGUAUAUGAAGCUUCUGGACGAUUGUUUUAGUGUUGAUGGGCGUUCUUGUUAGGUCACUGUUGGAAACCUUAUGGGCUCAAUUCCCAGCUGCCGACCUAGAGUUGAUGGCCAAUCGCUCCAGGUUGACGCUAAAAUCUUAACAAUUGCGGGAGACAGGAAGCAUCUGGAACUUUUGGUACCGCUAGGUACGAAUUUAGUGUUGAGAAGAGCGUUCUACAUCUCUGUCGAGAGCUUGUUGAACACUUUCUGGCGGCUGACCUCCAAGUAAUGGUAACUUGGUACAGAUGGAAUGUUAGCUUUCACAUAUGGCCAAGGUUCAUUAUGAGAACCAUAACUACAAUAGCUAUGGCGGAAAGUAAUGGAAGAAAGGCAACAUAUCGACGGCGGAAGGUAAAAGUGUCAAGAUUGACGUGAGAAGGCAAUUACGAUGGAGCGAAUAUAGUCGGAUAAUAGCAACGGAAGGUACGAACGUACGGUUGAUUAGGCAAAUUGGCUCUAGUAGAUAAUAGCAAAGGAAGGUACAAACGUACAGUUGACUAGGCAAACUAGUCAUCACUCUAAGUCACAGGUAAGGAAGGAGCGUUCCGGUAAUAAUUAUGUCAAAAGUACAACAUUGUAUCUCAGCGAGAUGUAACAAGUAAUAUACCAUUAUCACACCAUGAAGCCCAUAUUUUACUCCUCCUCCUCCUCAGAAUCAGACAGACCAGCCUCCAAAUGCACAGACUCGUCAUCAGAGUCCUCUUCCUCGACAACAUCCACAGUUGUAGUCGUGGACUGUACUGUUGUACGUGACGUUGUUUCGACCCUUGACGUACCCUCGCUAAUGCUAGCGGCAGGGGCCGCCACAUCCUUAUUUUGUGGGUCCUUCCUAGCGUAAACCUUAUCCGGUGCGAUAUUCCCCCAAUGGUUAGUCUCUGGUUCCCUCGUAUUGGUUGACGCGAUCGCAGCAUCAGUAGAAGUAGCAUCGUUGCUUGUUGAUAUCGAUGUCGUAGUGGCAUUAACGAUAUUCUCGGAGAGCUCUUCUUGUUCGUCCACUGGCUGCAGAUCACCCAUCGCUACAUCGUCGUCCUCGACAAGCUGCUCUUCGAGCGGCGCACCCAUUACAGGCCCAGAUUGGCGGAUAACAGGCAGUCGCGGCCUCAGUAGCGCCUCCACAGCGGCAUCUCGCGGAUAUGCCCGGCAAAGGUGCGGAAGAAUGCUAGGUAAACUCUUUUCAUUCCGCCCCAAGAAUGGGCUCAGAACGCUAGCCAGCAUUGCUUCUUUGUGGUGUGAUAGAAUGGCUGUCCUAUCUAGCUCAGCUCGUGUAUAUGCCUCAAGGUGUUGCUGAGGAAUAAGUGUGAAGAAUAGUGGCAGGAGCGCUUUGGCGCUUCUAACAACUGCCGUAUCGUGCACGUCAGUAGAUGACAGAAUUGACUUGUUUUUGAGAAAACUGUCCGCAUUGGCGACGCCAUUGGAAAUAGCCUUUCCGCUACUGUCUUUCAGCGCUAUAGCGGGAACCACCUCGUCGACAGUACGUAACUCUUUGCAGCAGGAAACUAUCACCGACGUCAUUCUAUGAAUGGAAGGUUUUGGAAGGCCCGAUGCACAUAGUGGUAAAAUGGUUGCAAUGACGUCGUAGGCUUUUGAGCGGUAUUGCUCAUCCUGUUUUCCUGAUCGGAAGGUCCACGUAAUCUGCUCAAGGCAACCUUGCGCUAGAGACGUAAAAUUGUGCUGGAGACGCUCAAUGAGGAUUCCAUACACUUCCAUGACUCCGACGUAGGUUUGCGGUAGACCGGACCAUAAACCUUCUCGCUCUUCACGAGAGAUUGCCGGGUGGAGUCGCAUGGAACCCUGGCCUGAUCCAUUGUUCGAUGGCUGGGGAGCGGCAAUGGACAUCAGCCUAGUGAGGAGGUCGUCGAUAAUACCGAGAGGCACAGUAACAGCGGUCGCCGUGUGGUGUCUGAAGUGCUCUUCCAGGUAACCAAGUAAGCCUUGAAGCCUUUCCAACCCAGAGUCGAUCCCAGUCCAGGCUGGAUAGUCAUCCUUUGAUUUCCCACCGCCAUGAAGCUCCUCGUUGACAUCAAUCGGCUGUGGAACGUACCCAGCAGCAGACUCCCAAUCCUCUACAACAGCACGAUAAACUUGAUCUGUCGUGGCAUGAAUUUCCUUGACAAGCUCUCGGACGUUUUUGCCCCAUUCUUCUCCGCUGGUGUUUUUUGGCGCUGUCUGAUGCAAUAAUACGGCGAGAGAGCGGGCGGACUCUUUCAGAGAUUCGGGCACGAAGAAUGCAUCACAGAAGGUAGGUGCCACAUACACUCUCGUCACUUGCCUAAUCUGGUUGGCAAAAGGUCGGAAGAUUGCAGGAUGUCUAGGCAUCAGCGUAGAAAAGGCGUCCAACACAGACUCUGUAAGAGAUGCCGGAACCUCCAAUACCUUGCCGGUGGACUUUGAGGAGACGGAGGCAAGGCAAGACGUCACAAAAGGUGACAGAUGUGGCGUAGUGAUCUCUCUGACGAUGCUCUGAUACUGAUGCGUCUUGACAAAUAUACUUGUCAAUGUAAUGAUGCAUAGUCUCUUUGAUGCGGCAGGAUCUGGCUUCUACAAAAAUGUCAGUCGUCUGGAUCAAAAACGUCGUAGAUUUGCUUACUGUCAAUAUCGCCAACAGCCCUUGCACCCAUUUCAAAGCCCCUCGUAGAACUUCCCAUCCGCCGACGUCAAUGAUACCUUUGGCCAGUAUUAUCGCUGCGAAUCUUCCUUCUGCGCUUUUGCCAAAUAAUAAUCUGGACACGUGACUUUUGAGCGUGUGGACAGCAGAUGCCUCAGACGAAUCAUCCUUGGCAGCAUUCGUAGACGGCGACGAUAAAGGUCCCUGGCACCUCAGUACAUUCCGCAGGAGAAGAGGUGUUAUCUGAGGCAACUGGGCGGCCGGAACAGUGGAGAGCUGGUGGUUCAGCACCCGUAACUCGGGUGGGAUAGACAUCUGAUGCUUCUCUGCUUCUCUGCUUCUCGGAGUUGGCUGUAUCGUUCGUAGUAUAUAACAAGCACGGCCGUGUCUAUUUAUUCACCUGUAAUGACUCUUCUCUGUCUCCAAAAACAGACCUAGAUUCCUAGUUUUCGCUUUUCGCUGCAGUUUCAAUUGCACGGGAUCCAGCCUCGGUACAUAAUUCAGAAUAAAUUAAUUUCUGGGCCAGCUCUCUCUGAUUGGCCGCAUGCUUACUUACCUGGGCUUGAAUUCAGAUCGUCGCGAAACAGGUCCCGAGAUGGACCGUACGUUAACUUGGCCAUUGACGUAGAUUCCAUUGGGUGUCGACCAGAAUGAAUGUUUAACUGUUGUGUUGUUUUGUGUUAAUGUUUCUGGCCGAGGAUCUGUCUGGAACUCCAUUGCUUCAGUAAUCCGUCCAAAAUGGGGGGCCCAGAUCAGUCGAAGGCUGUGAAGUAUAUCCAGCAGCUCGAUCAGGCACAAUGUGAUGGUGAUUGGGAGGCAGUUCCGAAUUUGGUUCGCAAGUUCAGCAAACACGCCCCUGCCCGAGCAUGUCUUACACUCGCCGCGAAUGCUACACAUGCCGUUCAACAAGCCAUAAAGCACCAACCCUCGACAGGCACGAACCCAGAGAUCUCAAGUCUCGUCCAAUAUGUACCUCCCCUUAUCGGAGCCAUCGAUGCGGAGCACAACCACCCCGAAGAUGUCUUCCAGGCUCGGGUCGCUCUUGGAUGGGUGCAUUGGGCGCUCGGCGAACCAGAGCUUGCCGCCUUGCGACUGCCGAAAAACAUUGAAGGGGAUUUCUCGCUGCUCGACGGCACUUCAAAACAAGCAUCGGGAUGGACGCGCACCUGCGCUUUGAAGGCAAUAUACAUAAAAGGCGUGGCCCUAGAGAGGUCUAGGUCGCUGGGCGAUGCGAUUGAGGUAUUCGAAUCGGGGAUGCCCAUAGUUUCUGCGACGGCGUCGGAAUUGAAAAAAGCCUUGGAGCUGCGCAAGUGGACGGAGCUACUGUUGACAAAGUUCUGCCUAAUCACGAGCCAGUCCAUAAAGAGCAAUGCUUCACCGAGGAUGGAGGCAGAGACCUUGGUGGCAUUCCGAGCAUGGGCGGAUUUCUGGGAAAGACUGGCGAGCUCGUCGACGGCGGCAGUUGGGGGAUAUGCAACGGAAGCGGACGUGCCGAGACGGCUGAUUUGGAAGGAAUAUUAUGCCACGCUUUCGUUUAUUGUCCAAAGCGACCUGCCAUACCCAUCCACUGCCCUGGGGGCAACCACCAACAACCAUGGAAUGAGGAUCAUACAGCGAGGUGAAUUGGCGCGAGUGGAAGCACGGUAUGAAUCUCUACUUCUCAAAGAGGCGCAUUUCCCAAAGGCGGAACAAAGUAGCGAAGAGAUUGAGGAAUUGGUUGAGUUUGUAUUAGGCAACUGGGCGGUGCUGUGUGGCAGCUGUUGGGAUGAGCACGAUCUCGGAUCUGGUGGGAGAGUUGGCAUCAGCCGUAGUGUGCUCGAAAUCCUUUACAGGGCCGCCACAAAAACGUUCCAUUCAACCCAGAUUCUACGAGGCCUCUUCACAGUCCAUCUAGCUCUCGCCGACUUUGAACUAGCCUUCAAAGCCUUUGACACAUACUUUCAGAUUGUCAAUAAAGGGAAACAACGGGUGCAAAAGACAGGAGAACCAGAACAUUCACUGGACAGCAACGAGGAUGUAUUAGUCACGGCAUCCAAGUGUAUAAGGGCUCUUUGCCAGUUUGGAGGGCUUGCCGGGGCUGAGAAAGCAAAGAAACUUGCCCAUUUUUUCGAGUCAUGGUUAGAACAGCACGACCCGUCACAUAGCCAGGAGGAGUUGACCAAUGGCGACUCUAGCGGGGUUACAAUUGGUAACAAAAAGCUGCUCGGGAAUGGUACCACCGCGGAAACGUCCACAGUCUCACCUCAUGUGUAUGCGCACGCUUGGCGUGCAAUUGGCAUAAGUAAUGCUCAGUGGGCACGAUUGACUCCUGAUGCGAAAUCACGACCUGAAUACCAAACGAAAGCUAUCACGAAUCUACGAACAGCGCUGAAACCACAGUACGAAUGCACUGAUGACGUUGAUACCCUAUUUGCACUUGCAUUGGUCCUUUCAGAGAGACGACAGAUUGGAGAGGCCAUCCAGAUUGUUGGAGUUGCGUUAGCACCACAACGAAAUGCCGACAAAGCCCCAAACCCUGCCAAAUUUGCCCUAGAGAGGUCUCUAAUACGGCUGUGGCAUUUACUAGCGCUGUUGCUCAGCGCAAAAGAGCAAUUUACGGAAGCAUUCCAUGCUUGCGAGGGCGCCUUUAAGCAAUUUGGCGACCUAAAAGCCCUUUUCGGCGAGAGGGAAGAAGACUACCAGAGCGAGCAUUUGAAUGGCAUGCAAGAAAAGCACAGUUCGGCUAUUGACGAUAUGGACGACUAUGAGAAGGAGGCAAUUAUAGAAGUCAAAAUGUCUCAGUUGCUUCUUAUCGAGAUCCAAGACGGGCCAGACGUCGCCGUCAACGGGACUGAAGAGCUUCUAAGUCUCUAUUCAAGGCUUUUUGGCCAGACCCAAAUUCCGUUUGCCAGUCCAAGGAAGUCGCAGCAAAUCUCUCCGGCCACCGGAACUAGCACUCUUCGCAGCGUUAAAGGCAGCAUAUUUGGACGCUCAAAACGCUCCAACCGCGAUGCACCUGGUGCCACGACGUUUGCCUCAUCUACGACCGAAAACGUAAGCACUGCUUCCCGGCCACCAACCUCUCAAACAACUGCAACCGCGGCUCCAAAGAUCCAGCUGACAGGAGAGAGUGGCGCGUCAGCAAAACUCACUCGGCGGAGCCAGCACCCCUCAACAAAGACCAACAAAGGAGACAAAUUGGCCCAUAAGUUGAGCCACGCUAGCAUCCGGAAUCAGAAUGUAGCUACCUCGAAAGCGACGUCGAAUCCAGCGAGUGACGGGGAGAUCUCGCCUACGAAAAUAGUUGAUAGCACAUCUCAACAGGCGCAAGAGGCUUCUCGACCUAACGGACAGGGUACGAAGCCGUUGAAGUCAUAUUCAUUAUUGCCUUUCAGCAGCCCGGCAACGCGCUUGCCGCCGAGUAAAUCGCGACGACACCACAUUGGGAUAUUAGUGCGCGUCUGGCUCCUGAUAUCCGGCUUCUAUCGCCGCGCAGAGCAGUAUGAGGAUGCCAAGGUCUCCAUCGAAGCCGCCAGCGAGCUCGUCCAAGGGCUGGAGGAGGAUAUCCUGCGCGAUGCGAGCGGGCAGCUUCUUGUUGACGCACGCGAGUGGGGAGUAGGGAAGAGCGUCGAGGAGCUCUGGGCGGACGUGUGUACGGAGCGCGGACAAGUCUCCCUCGCGGAAUCAUGGCCAUUCGUGGCGCUAUCACACUUCGAGUCCGCACUGACCCAUUUCCCCGACCACCCCGCCGCCAUCGUAGGACUCUCCAACAUCCUCCUCGACAUCUCGUCCGAGACCCUCGUCUAUCCACCUUCCAUCCCCACCAUCGCCACGCCGCCCUCAGCUUCCGCUUCCGCAACCUCCACUUCGCACAAGCCAUCAACCCAUACCUCCACCACCUCGACACCUCUCGGGCUGCCUCCGCCGCCCUCUCAGGGCCCAGCACCGCCUACAACAAAGCUCUCGCUCUUCGACAGGCUGGCGGCGCGUGAUCGCGCACACGGCUUGCUGGAUCGCUUGACGAAGCUUGGAGGGGGGUGGAAUGAUAGUGAGGCGUGGUUUGGGCUUGCGAGGGCGUAUGAGGAUGCGAGAAUGGAGGGGAAAGCGAAGGAGGCGCUGUGGUGGUGUGUGCAGCUCGAGGAGGCGAGGGCGGUGAGGGGAUGGGAGGCGGUUGGGGGGGGUGGUGCUUGAAUGCUGGUUUGGUGGGAGAAGUCUGUGGUGAGACGGCUAGAUUGUUGUUAGGAUGUCUCCAAUUUGUCAACUAAAGUAGCACUCUUUAGCUGUGGUUGUAGAGCCAGGAAGGGAAUAUCAAUCUUACUCGUCUUCAUCUUCUCUUGAAUGGCGUUGUUUCCUUCGCAGAAACAAAUUCGCACCGCCAGCAUUGCUCAAUUAUCUCUCCACACAGUACUCCCGUCAAGUCGGGCCACUCGUGAGCCUCGUAGCGUUUAAUGACUUCGUCGCUGUCCAUCUCUUGAAAAGGGUAAAGGCCGGUUAUUAUAGUGUGGAUUGUAGAGCCAAACGCGAAUAGAUCAUCUUGGACAGUUGGUGCGUGACUCCAAUAAUAGCUGGGUAGUGAAAACCUUGUGGUAUUUAUUAGGCAGCGAUAUGGUAUUCGUCGAACGUAAUUUUGGUUUUUGGUUCUGAGAAUUGUAUUAGUAGCACUCAUACCAAGAUAGAAGAAUUCGAGCGACCGAGCGAGCUAGCAUGCAAUAUACUGCAUUGUCAAGCGCUUUGAGUUAUUGUAGUGACCUACUCUAUAGCACUUAUACCCAAAUAAAUCUCCCUCUUCUAUAAACAUCCAGGCUUUUCCCACCCCCCCACCUCUACCCAAAAGCGCCUUUCCAACCCUUCACCCCAGAUUCAUCACUUCCCCUCCUCCGACUCCUGCUUCCGAUUCCAUGCCACGCACUCCUCGAACGGCAACGCACCUCCAAAGCAAUCCAGCGCGCUCCCAAUCGUGAGAUCGACCUUCCCGCCACUCAAGCUCUUGACGAGCUCGAGGUCAGCGAUGCUGCGUCCGCCGCCGGCGUAGGUGACGGGGAUGGAGCACCAGGAGCCGAGGG